AUGGCUACCCAAGUGGGCAAGAGAACCAACUCCUUGGCCUUUGCCCGUGCCGAUUGCCAUACGUGCACCUCAAGGGGCCAAAAGUGUGAUCGCCAACGACCACACUGCACUACCUGCAUCAGUCACGGUCGUAAAUGUGGUGGUUUUGCAACACCCCUCUCUUGGGAUCAUAGACGCACGCGCAAAAGGGCUCUAGCCAGCCAUGAUGAUUCGGGGGAGGAUGCAGCCGUUACAACUCCCAAGAUAGGAAAUGGUCAGAUAGGCAAAGACCCUCCGAGGCAUUUUAGGUUUGUACAGGGAGGGAAAAGAGAUCGGAAACGUCGGAAAGUGGUUCAGCCACGAACUACCGCGCAUGCGGAGAUCGAGGCAAAGGCAGUCAAUCCCCCGCAGCCGGUAGAUGUUGUCCAUAACGAAGUUUCUCCACAUGGCGAUGAUGAAUCCUCAAUUGAUCUGGCGGCUCUUGCUCAGUCGGAGCAUUUGUUUGACCCCCCUGAUGGGCUAGAGGACGCAUUCCAGGAUGGGCUGUCCUUCAUCUCCUCGGAUAUGGGCCCUGUGGAAGGAUUAGUAUCAACAUUACGCGCACCCACUUUGGAGGCUGUAAAUGGAGCUGGACCGGGCCCAAGCCAACCGCUAGGAAAUCAGCAUGAGGCACUGUUGCAAAUGUGUAUGAUGUGGGCCCUCCGAAAGCUAUGA